AUUCAAGGUUUUUAACUUUACUAUCAGCAUAAUAAAUGUUGGAACAGAAUCAGAAUAAAAUAUGUUCUAACAAGCGCAUAGAAAAUAAGAACACUGUGUAGUGUGUAUACUGUCAUUGAGCAUGGAUGCAUCAUGCAAGAAGAGGGACAGAAGUCCUGGACACCUGGGAUGCAACACAGUGAGAGCCUCUACUGUAAUAAGAAGCUUCCAAAGAGAAGAACAUAAAAACUGAGUUAUUUAUUUUAACAAGAAUGCAAUUUUCUGAAUCAGGAUUCAGUAGUCAAGAGUGCCUUUUCCUCCUCCCAAAGUUCCCUUUACGGAGGAGCACUCUUUCGUCCCCUUCCUUGUCUACUUCACCGAGAGCAGCUUGGCUGGCUGAUCGCAUGCGAGUCAUUUGGUGCAGACAGGUAAACCACCCUCCCAACAUACACGAGACUCCUCGGGCGAUUCCUUAGCCCCCUUACCAGUGAUCCCUCUAACCUCAAUCCCAUGACCAUGAAUCUCACAAGCCCCAAAUACUUCCAAGCUCAAUCUGUAUUUGCAUCUAAUGGGGAAUCUGCUUUUCAAGGCAGCACAACCUUCUUCGGGAAAAGCAAAGAUAAUCCCUUUGUAGACACCUUCCCCGACCCACUUUGCAAGCUUAAUCUCAAAGAGACCUCUGAUUUUGUCAAGUCAUUUCCAAUGGCAAACAACAUCACAGAAGAUGGAGGGCUUCUUGAGGUUUCAGCUCGGAGGAGGAGAGAGGGAGUAAGCUCGGUCACUCAGAGGAGAGUGGAGGCUCCUUCGACUCCUGGUAGGCCUGUUUUCAGCGUCAGUAUCAGUGAUCAUUUAAGAAAAAACUUCCCUUCAAAGUGGGACAACGCAGGGAAAUGGCUGGUGAGCAGCUCUUGCCAUGACUCUCCUGCCCACUCCAUAAAGCCACCGGAGUCCUCGAAGAUCUGCAGACAGUCUGAUAGGUUUAGGCAACAAGUGGAGGUCUUUGCGGAGAAAUCAAAGGUCAUAGAGGAAAAGGUCUCAAAAGUAGUUUCAAGCUUUCAAGUUUCUGCAUCUUUGGGCCAUCAGUACUCGGUCAGAGCUCUCAAUGAGGUCUCAGCUUCAACGGAUGUAGUACUAAAAGAUAAGUACACGGACGACAUAGAAACCAUUUUUCCCAAUUUCAGAUACUCAGAGUCCACUGAAGAAGAAUUCUUGUUCAAAAACAAAGCGGCUGGAAGCAUGAAAGAUGCCUGCACAGACGGGGUUUAUGAGGUGCAUCACCGAGAUGCUGGGACGGAGAUGACUCCACUCGGCAGUUCUACUACUUCUAGGUGCCACACGCCAUUCAAGAGCCCAUCCCCUGCCCACCAUAACACGCCUGCAAAUAGGUCAGGGCCAUUGGCCUUGGCGAACUCUGGCGCCGACAGCACCAUUGACGUUGCACAGCUGCAAGAGUGCCAUUUAGCCAAACUACAACUUGGGGCGCAAUACGACUCCGUCGCGUCGAAUUGGAGCUCAAGGGAAGAGGAGGAAGAAGAAGUGUCAAAGAGCCUCAGACAUUUCGAUACAGAAAACAUGAGCAGGAAAAGUGUUUCAGACUCCAGAGCUGCCGCGUGGAAAGAAGAGGAAAAGACCAAGUGCUGCCUCAGGUAUCAAAGAGAAGCAGCAAAAAUUCAAGCUUGGGUGAACCUUCAAAAUGCAAAAGCAGAAGCUCAAUCAAGAAAGCUUGAGGCUUUGUCAGGCUUUGCUGUUGACUUGGUCCUCGAGCCACCCACUGCCAUGGGACACAGCUCCACCUAUCAUUUGAGAAUGCUUGUUUUUUCAAGAGUGAAUAUAGCCAUAUCUACAUGCUUCUCGUUCUGCUUUUGUGUAAGCUAAAUCAAUUUGCUUCACUCUUAAAGAGAGGGAAUGUUUACUUUUUUCUUGUCAAUAAAAUUCGGUAUUCUAACUGACUGGAGUAUAGUGGGUUGAUCAGAAUCCAUUAUUUGAAUUAACAUAUCAAAACGAUUGCCUAGUCUCUCCAUGGUUGCCUGGAUUUUACUUUCUGGAGUCGUUGGAACUCUUUCCUCUGGCUCAUCUAACUGUAUUCCGAAACG